AUGACAGACAAGGAGGUGGUGCUGUUUCCUCCGAAGUCUAUAUCCAAGACCCUAUUCAAGUCAACGAAGUGUUGGCUCAGAAUUAUACACUCCAUUCAAGCUCCAGACCUCGCGACGUUCGUGGACCGCGCACAUUCUUUCCGCGGUCUGGCAUGGGGUAAGGAAUCAGAUGCCUACGAGGUCGUCAACCGAGCAGCGCAGCCGCUCUCGAUCGUUGUCACGCGAAACUUUUCCAAACCAGCCACAAGCGAUGUGAAACAAUGGGAAUUCUCAAGCGAUGAUGACUGGAAGAAGCUGUUCCGACCGGAAUUUCCUAUGAUGUACUCGCCACUCAACACGGAAGAGAAACCCGGCCAUCAUGGCACAGGCCUAGCAAUACCAUUUGGCAAGGCGCAAGGAGCGAAUAGAGAGCCUAUAGUCGAUCUCUUCGUGCUCAAGAAACACCCUAACGUCAAAAUCCUAGCCGAAACGCAGCUCUACGUCUGA